AUGCAGAAGCCCCAGGAAGCUGCAGCGACAAGCCCACAGGCCCUGCCGGCAACCCGCUACUCCAGAGCAGAUCCGGUCAUGGACACAGAGUCCCAAGGACCCCCCUCCCCACCCAGAGACUUGAUCUACACUCUGAAGCAGUCCACCCUGAUCCUGGAAUGGUCCCCACCAUUGCAUGCCGGUGGCCGAGCGGACCUGACCUACAGCGUGGGCUGUCAGCGCUGUGAGGGGGGGCGGUGCGAGCCAUGCGGGGCCAACGUGGGCUUCGUCCCUCAUCAGGCGGGACUAGUGGACAGAACUGUGACUGUGGUCAAUCUGCUCCCAAACAACAACUACACAUUAACUGUGGAGGCCCUGAACGGGGUGUCAGAACUACUGCCCAACAAGAGGUUCUAUUCCCAGGUCAACGUGUCCACGAGCCUUCCAGCUUUGUCUCUGAUCAGUGAGCUGCGAGCAGAGAAGAUAGAGCAGAAGAGCAUCACGCUGGUGUGGAGGGAGCCCUCAUCCCCAAACAGCAGCCACACAGAGUACGAAAUCAAGUACUUUGAGAAGGACCAGAAGCACCAGAGUUAUUCCACUGUGAAAACCUCAGCCACCCAGAUCAGCAUCAGCAACCUGAAACCUGGAACGACUUAUGUCUUCCUCAUCCGCCCCUUCUCCACACCAGCCCCCUCUUCAUCUCUGUCUUCCUCUGCUCUCGCUGCCUCUUCCUCAUCUACUAUGUCCUCCUCUUCCUCUACCUUCUCCUCUUCUCCACCCCCAUCCAUUGAUUAUGGAGCAUACAGCACCCCCAUGGAGCUGCAGACUCUCAGCGAGUUGGCGCUGGCGACCAGUGAACAGAAUCCGGUGGUGAUCAUCGUCAUCGUGUCGGUGGCCGCACUCAUCACGCUGCUCUCCAUGGGGGCGGGGCUUCUCAUCUGGAGGAGACAGUGUGGCUACAGCAAAGCUUCUCAGGAGGGAGACGAGGAGCUCUACUUCCAGUUUAAAAUCCCGACCCGACGGACCUACAUGGACCCUGAGAUGUGCGAGGACCUGCUUCAGGCUGUGCACGCCUUUGCCAAGGAGCUGGACAACCAGAGCAUCAAGAUCGACAGGAUCGUGCACACAGGUGACUUUUGGGAGGUGUGCUGCGGCUGCCUGAAGCUGCCCAGUAAGAGGGAACUUCCUGUUACCAUCAAGACUCUGAGGGCCGGUUGCUCUGAAAAACAGCGGUGCUCCUUCCUGAGCGAGGCCGGCAUCUUGGGGCAGUUUGACCACGCCAACAUCAUCAGGCUGGAGGGGGUCAUCACCACCGGAAACACUGCGAUGAUCAUCAUGGAGAGUAUGUCUAAUGGGUGCUUGGACUCCUUCCUCAGGAAACAUGAAGGGCAGCUGAACGUGAUGCAGCUCAUUGACAUGCUGACCGGUGUGGCUUCAGGAAUGAAAUACCUCACUGAGAUGGGCUUCGUUCACAAACGUCUGGCUGCUCACAAGGUUCUGGUGAACUCCAACCUGAGCUGCAAGGUGUCUGGUUUUAGACCUCUUCAAGAGGAAAAGAUGCAGUCCAUCUACACCACAUUGCAUGGUGGGAAGAGUUCGGUUCUGUGGACUGCUCCAGAGGCCAUCCAGUACCACCGCUUCUCCUCAGCCUGCGACAUCUGGAGCUUCGGCAUUGUCAUGUGGGAGGUCAUGUCUUACGGAGAGAGACCCUACUGGGACAUGGGCACCCAGGACGUUAUAAAGGCCAUCGAGGACGGCUUCAGACUGCCAGCUCCAGUAAACUGCCCACCCCAUCUGCACCAGCUGAUGCUGGGCUGCUGGCAGAAGGAGAGGACGGAGAGGCCCACAUUCAGUCAGGUCCACUCUGCUCUCAGUCAGAGCAUGCGCUUACCAGACGGGAUUGGUUCCUCUACUCUGGCCCGCAGGACCCUCAGCUCAUUCAUUAUGCUGGCUGAGCGACCGCUGCCCACUCUCCCAUCCUUCAGCUCUGUGGGCGAGUGGCUGGACGCCGUGGACAUGGGCCGAUACAAGGACAACUUCGCAGCUGCAGGAUACUGCUACCUGGAAUCUGUGGCCCGGAUGACCGUGCAGUCAGUACCUUCCUGA